GCAUUCCGUGGCCAGUCGCAGCGCGAGACGGUUAGCCAGUUAGCCAGUGCGGACCGACUAAUUCCCAAUUUCCGCUCUUGACUAAACUAAAGAUUGAGAAAUAAAGAAAGAAAUAUCCUUCGUCCGUCCCCCAGACGAAGCAGGUCAAUUUUUUUUUCGUGUUACUUGCUCUUUUUCGCCAAGUAAAGAUGAUUAAAUUUCGCGUUCGCAUUCACACUAGCUGAGUAACGGGUAUCUGAUAGUCGGGUAACUCGACUAUAGCAUUCUCUCUUUUCUUUUAAUAUAUUUAACAAUCUUUCUCUCUGAUUUGUGCGUUCUCCAUUUGCUUUCAAUGCCGUCCUCCAAUCGAUGCCGCCAACGAAUUUCCCCAACCACGCAAUCGCCGAUCCACUAAACCACCGAACCACCCACCAAUGUGGCUGAAAUCCAAAACCAACCACCGCAAAACAAGCAGGCCAAAGAAACCACCGUUCACCUACACGGAGCUCAUCGAAUACGCCCUCGAGGAUAAGGGUGAGCUGACUGUGUCGGGCAUAUACCAAUGGAUAUCGCAUCUACUUCCUCCCGCUCCUACCAUCGACCAGACUACGUUAACGGUUCUCUGUCGCGCAUCAAAAGAACAGAAAAGACGCCUGCAUGGCGCGCCAAGCAGAAACACGCAAUUACUAGAAAUGUCGUUACAUUUAAAUGAUCUGCGACAUAUAAAUGUAGAUAUGUAUAUAAAAGCUGCAAAAAAAAAACAUGAACUACCAAGCUAAAUGUUUCAAUAAUAUAUAAUAAACCGAUAUGAAAUCUGCCUACAGCCAGACAAAAAAAACCUUAAAGAGAAAGAUCAGAAGAGGAACAGAAGAGUUUGAGCGGGGAGUGAAGAUUCAUCCAAAAGCGAAAAACAUUUUUUUCUUAAGUCUACGCAAAACAAAAUGAAUGAAAAGUAACCCGAAAUUAGUUUUUAGAGUAUAAGUAUAAAAAAUGGAAAAUAUCGCGAUAGAAAGAAACAAAAAUGGACGCAGAUAAGGACGGCAAGCAAAACAAGAGUAAAAAAGCAGCGGCAACAACUCCCUAAUAAUCGCAAAGAGCAUUGUAAAUAUUUAUAUAAAUAAUCUAUGCUUCAUUUAAGUUUAAAAUAAUGAAAAAAAUCAGCAAAAAAACAUAAUUCUAGAAUAAAAAUCAAGAAAACCAAAGACAAAAGCAAACAAAAAACUUGACGAAACAUUGAAUAUAAAAAAAUAC